AUGGCUACUCCUACACUUUCCAUCUUCAUACUUUCUUCUUUGCUGAUUUUAUCUUCCUUCUCAAAUGCUCAAACCCAACCAAAAGCCUUCACUUUCCCAAUUACAAAAGCUGACACAGACAACCAAUACUACACCACAAUCCAAAUAGGCGCCAAUGCCACCACACUCAACGUCGGGAUCGAUCUUGGCGGCAAUUUCCUAUGGUUCAACUCCGAAGAAUACUUGGCCGCAGCCGACUCGUACCGCCCGAUCCUGUGUGGGACCAAGCAGUGCCAGAUCGCAAACGGAAUCGGUUGCAUCUUCUGCUUCCUGUCGCCACCAGUGCCAGGAUGCACAAACAACACAUGCUCUGACUACUCCUUGAAUCCCUUCACUGGGACCCAGGGCUACAGUGGCCUAGGCCAGGAUGUCCUACGGGUAGUCUCUACCCGCGGGGCCCAGUAUAAGGUAAAUAAUUUCCCCUUUCAAUACUCAGACCCUGUCCUGAGGGAAGCCCUAGCUACCCCCACGGAAGGGCUCAUUGCCCUGGGCAGAACUAGGGUUUCCCUCCCUGCCCAACUAUCAUCAGCUUUCAAAAUCCGCGAGAAGUUCGCGCUAUGCAUCCCGUCUUCGGAAAGCAGAGGGAGCAUGAUCAUCGGCAAGACGGCUUACAAAAAACCCUUCCAACGGAUCUCGGAAUCAAUGUUGACCACACCUCUGCUUAGAAACCCUGUGAGCAUAAACGGCAACGAAGUGAUCGGAAACCUCACCAUCCAGUAUUUCAUCGGCGUCAAGUCCAUCAUAGUUGGCAAGACGCCUCUCGCGCUAAACAAAACCCUGCUCAGGAUCAACAAGAGGACCGGAGAAGGAGGGACGAGCAUACGGACGGUGAGGGCGUACACGAGCCUGCACAAGUCGAUCUACGCAGCUCUGGUGGACGAGUUUGUGAAGGCGGCUGCAGCGAAGAACAUCAAGAGAGUGGCGUCCGUGGCUCCGUUCGGUGCCUGUUUCGAUUCGAAGACGAUUCUCUUCAGGGAGGCUGGGCCGGAUGUGCCGAUUGUCGAUUUGUUGCUGCAGAGUAAGAGCGUUUACUGGCGGUUUUACGGGUGGAACACGAUGGUGAGAGCUGGAGAGGGGGUGAUAUGCCUUGCGUUUGUGGAGGAGCAGCCGAAUUUGUCGGGGCCGACGACGUCGAUCGUUGUGGGGGGUUACCAGAUGGAGAAUCACCUGCUGGAGUUUGAUGUGGCUGCGGAGAAGCUAGGGUUUAGCAGGUCGCUUCUGCUGCGUGACACGAGCUGCGACAUGUUUGGAGCUGCCUAGAUUGGAUUUCAUGCUUGUUUUUGUAUGUGGUCGAUUGAGGUCAUAAUAAAUGUGGAAGAUGGAGUAAUAUUGUUAUGACUUUUAUUAGCUACUUGGCUUGUUGUAUACUUCAUGGAGUGAUUGAGCAUUACUUGUAUUAUGAAGUAAUAAAUGUUCUUUCUGUUGACCGAUUGUAAUUUAUUUUAAUCCUUCUCAUAAUAAAAGUUCACUUUCAUUUUUACUA